AUGGUAGAAGCGAAGCACCGCUCGUUCCUAACCGUUAUGCUUCACCACACAGCAUCGAUGACCACGUCGAAGACAGUCAGGAAUAAAGCUUUUCGAACGAUCCAUUCGAGCGCUGAUGCAGUAGCUUAUUUCGAUUCUAAUCACCGUAUUCGAGGCUACGAUAUGCAGGUGCAACGUGCUCACGCUUUGUCGUGGAACUGCGAUGGCUCUCGACUUGCAUGUGGUUCACAAGAUCGCCGUGUAGCCGUCGCAACCGUUGACUCUUCUUGUCGCUUGAAGUGUACCUUUGUAGGUCAAGGACAUGAUGAUUCCGUUGAUCAGGUUGCAUUUCACCGUACAAAUCCGAAUUUAUUUGCAUCAGCAAGCACUGACAAAUCUGUUAUUAUAUGGGACAUUCGCCAGCAAAAGACGCACACACGACUUUCGACAAGAGCAGCAAAUCUGUACGUCACCUGGUCUCCGUGUGGCCGAUAUUUGGUGUACGGCGAUAAGGAGGAUCGCCUUCAUGUGAUAGAUGGAAGGACAUUGAGCACCUUGAAGUCGUACGAUUCGAAAACCGAAAUGAACGAGUUUGCUUACCAUCCUAUAGGGAAGUAUUUAUUUGUCGCUACAGGACAGGGUCGAGUCGAAAUUUUUAGGAUGCCAGAGUUGGAAUUGGUACGCACUAUUACUGCUCACUCUGGUCAGUCCAAUUGCGUUGCUUUGGCUGUAUCCCAAGACGGACUUCGUGUUGCUAUCGGCGCAUCCGAUGCCUUAUGUUCAAUUUGGAACGUGGAUGAGAUGAUUUGCGAGAGAAAUUUGGGGAGGCUUGACUAUCCUGUCAGAGCAGUGGCUUUUAGCUAUGACAACCAGCUUAUAGCCAUUGGAAGUGAAGACCACUCUAUAGAUAUCUCGUAUGUUGACGAUGGAUCCAGAGUGCACGAAAUUCGUUUGGAAGGAGAAGUAUACUCAGUCGCUUGGCAUCCUCAACAACUUGUAUUAGCAUUCGCAUCUUCCGGAGAUCUACGUGAACGAGACAAUUUUGGUGUACGGCUGUUUGGCUACACAAGCUGA